GUCUCACUCACUAAAUUCUUUUACAAGCAGAGUGAUGUAUACCUACAUGGAAUACCUUCAAAAAUGUUUCUAUAAGACCACUGGCUGGUCGGAGGAUAACAUAUUCCCAAAUAUCACAUCCAAUUCUCAAGCCAUCUUGGAUUUUAGCAUUCCCAAUGGCUGUAAAUUAGAUAUAUCUUCCAAGUCAUCAGACUACUCGGCUUCCAGUUUUACGUUAUCAAAUUAUAACGUUAUAAAUGGCUCAUUGGCAUACUUAUACUCGAGCAUUCCGUUAAAGAAUACAUUGGGAACAAAGAACAUGUCCUUACAAGAGGCACUCUCUGGUUUUAAGAUAAUUGAACCCAAAGAACUAGAAACUAAGUCUGAAUUCUCAGCAGUCCCUUCGGACAUUUCCAAACCAUCCUUAUUAUACGGCAGAAUGUAUUUUCCUGGUUCUGCUUUGGAAGCAAUGGUCAUCAAGAGGAUCUCAAAGCUGACCCAGCUUUUGAUCAAGUCGAUAAGUAAUCCUAAUUUGUCCAAGAAUGGAACCAUGAUUAUUUAUUUGCAGAACAACACAUCCAAGCUACUGAGAGAGUUUAUUUAUUCCACAAAUGAGGCCUUGAUAGGUUUCAGGUGCUUGUAUAACUUUGGCCAGAAUGAGAAGACAAGCGCCACCAGUGCCAAAUUCUCGGGCCAACAUCUCCCCAUCAUCCCCAAACUCGAUAAUUCAGUGGUAUCCAUCGGAACUGAAAUCUGGUACGCAGCCAUGACCUUGAGUCCCGGUUUGUCUACUGCUUUUAGGUACUCAACAAGGUCAACAACCACGGGAAAGCCCUUGACCAUGACCAUAGCCUGUAAUCCUAUUCUUGGUCAACUAUCUUCAACUUACACAGUGAAGACUUCGGUUGCAUCUACCUUUAGUUCUCGGUACGAGUUUAAUCUUUAUUCGUACGCCAGUAACUUAUCCUUGGGGUUUGAGCUUUACAAUUUGUCGAAACAGCCUUCACCAUACAAUGACACUGAUGCGAUUGUCAACUCUUCUAUGAAGAUAUCACCUAAUUCCCAAAGUAUCACGAUUUCUCCAGGCAUGAGCUCGAUAGAUGUCACCGGGCCUGAGCCGCCAAUACAUAAACAGACGGUCAUGGCGGUGUUUCAGAAUCUCGUAAAGCAAAGUGACUUUUCAUCUGUGUUGAAGUUUUCAACCAGUCUAAAUGAUAGAAUGAUUAAAUUAUUAUGGGAAGGAAGAUGUAAGGAUUUUCUAGUGAGUGCUGGAACUCGGAUUUCUUUGAAUCCAAACACCAACCAACCCGAGUUCAACAAGCUUGGAGUAUCGUUUUCUUAUGCAUGCUAAUGACUUAUUAAUGUAUUAUAUUCAAUAUACUUUAUUUAUCCUACUC